AUGUUUCGAGCAGUCGUGCAGUUGGUGUGUUCGCGUGGGGACGGUGUGCCACUUGAGUUUCUGAAGCUGGAAUCUGAUGGGCGUGGGGUGCUAGAGAAAGCGACCAUAGGACAGGACACUGUCAUUGCGUGCUGGUCAGAAAGCAUGUCUGAAGCAGUUGCCCUCGCAUGGGACAGAGCAGUCCUCGAUCACCAACGGCUCUUUCCAAGCAGUUCCCGUGAACACACAUGUUUGUUCGACUUCAUUCUGUGGUCAUUGGAGCCCAUCCCCAUCAACAACAAGGACACCAAGUUGAAGACUUUGAAGUCUUUUCUUUCCGUCCCUGCCAUGACGCUGGUGACCCAUGUAGCAAAGUUUCUUGAUGAUGUUUACCUUCCAUGGGCUCUGAGCCACGUUGCAGACCCCGGUGAUGACGAUGACGAUCAAGGGCCUUUUGCUAUUCAUUCAACAGGUGGCACGAAGCGACGUCGCACAGGCACAUUGACCACCAACGUUGUGUGUGCCAAAGCGGCUGACCGCUUGUUCCGGGGCAAGGACAGGUGGGCAAGCAAGGCUCUCUCCGAGGUGUCCAAGACGGUGCAUGUCCGUGUGGGCCAGCUUGCUCAUAAGAUCUGCGCUGCAUGGUUGCUCAUGUUCUCCGUGCACGAACGGAACUUGAAGGCUGCAAGCACUUCUCUGUACCCACCUGAGUCAGUCUACAUCGACGGCUCCGACAUUGCUGAAGCACCGACCGAAGUGGUGUUUCUUUGGUCUCAUGAACUUGCUGCUGGAGCAUAUGGUCCCCCAGGCGAUCCAGAUGACCUGGGAAUUGCUGCACGAGAGGGUCUUGCCACAGUGGUGCUUGCAGGAGCAUACACGGCAGAGAUGGCAGCAGCAGUGCUGACCAAGACCAUCAACGACUCCAACUACCUCGAAAAGCCAUGCUGUUUCAAGUCUGUCAGCUGCCAUGUCCUUCUGCUGCACAUGGAGCUCGAUCCCCAUUGUAGACAGCUGGUGAUUGAUCACCACAAGUGGAUUGCUACAUUCUUGCCGGAGACAGGCAGCCUACCGUGCAUAUUUCCGGACGUUUUGCAACAGCUGCCGCCAGAGCCACUGUUUUUCCUACCGGGUACCUUUAAUGAGAAACGAUCUAGGGUGGAAGGCUGCACAUUGGCACCUCGUCAGGCAUGCUGCACCCAUGCUUCCUUCUGUCCUAGCAACCUCAGAACGGAUGUGGACGUAUCUGGGCUUCCCUGCCCAGAUAACAGCAAGGCCAACCACAAGAGAAAAUUCGAGCAGGGGGACAGCGGGCUGAUUUACAUCACCUGGGCGAAGGAUCUGAAGAUCGACGUCGUGCGAGAGCUGCUCGAGGACGAUUACCUGGUGAUCCAGCUAUUCGUAGGGAGCACCGACCUGACCUAUCUUCUGAGUGACUUCGAAAAAGAGCAAGUGGCAGCCCUCAGCGAGCAAUACAAGCAACGCUGGGGCGUUGAUCCAUGCCUGGAUGCCGACCUAGUGUUUUUCCUUGGUGAUCGUGCAACGUACUCACGUAUGUGGAGUGCUGUGAGUGGCAAGCUACCCACUUACCGGCGCAACCCUGGCAAGUAUUG